AUGCCCUCCUCCACAGCAUCAUGUCUGCGCGUUCUUUCCCGCCAAAUACGAGCUAGUCCAAGGUUAUUAAUAAAAAAGUCAUUCCAGGCUGCCACCUAUUCGCUGUUGGCGCCAGCCCAAAGCUCUGGUGUGACGAAUGUUAAGCGCGCUCUUGCUACCAGAGGGUUGAAGACGCUCGACUUUGCUGGUUCAAAAGAAGUUGUGUACGAGCGUAGUGAUUGGCCUCUGGCAAAACUUCAAAACUACUUCAAAAAUGACACGCUCGCCCUCAUUGGCUAUGGCUCGCAAGGACAUGGCCAGGGCUUGAAUGCUCGUGACAACGGCUUGAAUGUGGUCAUUGGCGUCCGUAAGGACGGAGAAAGCUGGAAACAGGCAGUGGAAGAUGGAUGGGUACCUGGAGAAUCACUCUUUUCCAUCGAGGAAGCCAUUGACAGAGGUACAAUCGUCAUGAACUUACUCUCAGAUGCAGCACAGUCAUCAACAUGGUCUCAUAUAUCUCCUCUGAUAACAAAGGGCAAGACACUCUACUUCUCGCAUGGGUUUUCAGUGGUAUACAAAAACGAUACCAAGGUGAUUCCUCCGAAAGAUGUCGACGUUAUUCUAGUAGCGCCGAAAGGCUCUGGUCGCACUGUCCGAACCCUGUUCAAGGAAGGCAGAGGCAUCAACUCCAGUGUCGCCGUUUUUCAAGAUGUAACCGGCAAAGCAAUGGAAAAAGCCGUGGCUAUUGGGGUCGCUAUCGGCUCUGGCUACAUGUACGAAACAACCUUCGAGAAGGAGGUGUUCUCAGAUCUGACUGGCGAACGUGGUGUGCUCGCAGCCGCUAUCCAGGGAUUAUUCUGCGCACAAUACAAGGUGCUUCGUGCAAACGGCCAUUCGCCUUCGGAGGCAUUCAAUGAAACCGUCGAAGAAGCCACUCAAUCUCUGUAUCCUUUGAUCGGAGAAAAGGGCAUGGAUUACAUGUUCAACGCCUGUUCCACCACCGCUCGACGAGGGGCCCUUGACUGGGCGCCGAUCUUCGAGGCAACAAAUCGCCCGGUGUUCGAGAAGCUUUAUGAAAGCGUGAAGAAUGGCACGGAGACACGCAAGGCGCUCGAAUUCAACGGACGCGCCACUUAUCGCGAAGAUUUGGCCAAGGAGUUGAAAGAGAUUGACGAGCAGGAGAUCUGGAGAGUGGGAAAGGUCGUCCGUUCGUUGCGCCCUGACUACAAACCAGUGCAUUGA